AUGGAGGUGGACACGUGCGACGCGUGCGCGGCAUCAGCCUCGGCGUUCCACGACGCGCUCGAGCACCGCCGCGCCAAGCUGCACGCGAGGUACGGCGACGGCGGCGGAUCCCUGAGUCAGAACCCUCCCCGAUACCUGAGGUUCGGCGACUUCCCGGACGCCCCGGCCGCCGCGAGGGAGGCUGUCCAGAAAGCGUGCGGACCCCGCGGGAGAUGGCUCCGAUUCUCGAUCAAGUCCGUGGGCGUCGGCGACGGCGAGGGCGGCGGCCUCGCCUUCCUCGCCCUCUCGGGACCCGGUUUGGACGCGGAACACAUUCCGGGGAUUCAACGACCCGCAGACGAGGCAGACACCAAGGCGCUCUCCACGCACCUCCGGCGGAUGUGCGUCGCCGAGGCGGAGCGGAUCGGCGUGGAAAACCUCAUCGACGCUUUCGACGAGACUUUCGACUCCGGAACGACUCCGGAACGACUCCAGAACGAUUCUGGAACGUCCGACGAAUCGAACGACGAGACACGAACGACGGGGGACGAUCCCGCCGCCGCGUUCGCGGCGAGGGUGUGCGUCGAGGGCUGGCCGGGGGGAUCCGACGGUACCGGUGAGUCACCGCCCGGUGAGUCACCGUCACCUACGAUCCGAGACCCGCCGUGUCGACGCGCUCGGUCGUCGCGUAAGGCGAGGGCGCUCGCCGCGGCCGCGGAUGACGCCGCCGCGCUCGACCGUCGGUCCAACGCGGCGCUCCGCGACGUCGAACGGACCAAGGCGUCGGCGGCUCGGUGCGGGGCGCUCGCGGCGGAGGCUGGACGGAAGAUGUCGGAGGCGGCGCGGGGCGUCGGUAAGGACGGCGCCGCGUACGUCAUCGGCGGCGACACCGACGCGUCGUUGGGUCUGCAACCGUCCGAGAUGUCCGCGGUACGAUCGUGCGCGUCCCUCGCCAGGGCCCUGAUGCAGCGCGGCAGGGCUACCGCCUCGGCGGAUGUUAAAGACGUUAACUGGGUUGACGCGGUGGCCGACUACGACCUCGCGGCGGUCGCGUGGCCCGCGUACAAGGCGGAGGCGGAGUACCUCGGCGCGAGGGCGUACGCCAGGUUCGACCACCCCGGCGGGUUCGCGUCCACCGACCCGAACAGCGACGAGACGGUGGGGGUGGACAGGCACGCGCGGUUACUCCGAGCGAGUCGACGCGCGGCGAACGCUGUCAAGUCGGACGCGACUGACCCGGAUGCGAGGAUCACCUUCGCCGACGUCGCCGCGCUCGUCAGGGAGGACGCCGACGCGCUGGAGCAGUACCGGUACGCGUCGGGGUUGCUUCCGCUCGCCGGGGAACGGUCCGCGGCGGUGGCGACGUCGAGGGCGGCGGCGUCGUCCGCGGUGGCGCACCAAUUCGCGACGUACCUGCGACAGAUGGAGAAGUUUGAGUCUUUGGCGGAGAAUCGGACGCUGGUGGCGAAGAUGGCGGAGACGAGGAUUGAGGCGGAGGUGCUCGGUAGGAAGAGGUCGUUGCAGGCGGCGGAGGAUAUCCUCGCCGCGCUGACGCAGGCACCCACGCGGCGGAGGCACGUCGCGAUGGCGGCCGCGGCGGUGGUGUACAGCGCGUGGAUGGCCGAACCGGUGGACGUGCGCGCCGCCGAGGCUGGACCGACCAUCGGCGCCGAGUGCGACGACGACAGGCCGCCGGUCGGGUGCUACGGGGUGAUGCUCAACCACGCCCGGAACAUGAUGGAGCUGGAGCUGUGGGAGCUGGCGAGGCAGGCUGCUCACUACGCGGUCAAGGCGAAGGGGGAGAAGUGGAAGAAGAAGAAAGACGCGGGCGAGAUCAUCUCGGAGGCUGAGAGGAAGAUGGAGGCGGCGGUUGGUGGGUCGAGGUCCGCCGCGGACGCGAACGCCGGCAAGCGCUGGCGGGAAAAGGUGCGGGAGCAGCUGCGCGCCUCAGGUGCGGAAAAUCUGCACGCGGCGAUCCACCAGGACCUCCACGACGAGCACGACGAGCUGUGA